CCAAACAGUUUUUGUGCUGCGGAAAAGUUAAUUUUUUUAGCUUGUGUUUUCUUGAUUUCUCCAAGCGGGUUGAGUGCAUUUAAGUCAUCCGCUUGGAUACACUGCCAAGGAUUUUCACCACAUCCUUCCAGUCAUGCCAAUUUAUAAACCAUUUAAGAAAACUCUUCCACCUUCAGUACAGAAGGAUAAAGAUUCCCAGAAAUGUGGACUGCGGCACACAGUUUAUUCUGUCUGUGGAAAUGAAUAUACUGGAGAGUGGCUGGACAACAAGAAGCAUGGCAACGGAAUUCAGGUUUGGAAGAAAGCUGGUGCCAUUUAUCAUGGGGAGUGGAAAUACGGAAAACGUGAUGGUUAUGGCACCUACAGUGUACAAGUCCCAGAAAGAAAGGAGUACACAAGGAAGUAUUGUGGUCAAUGGAAAAAUGGAAAGAAGCAUGGAUAUGGGACAUACUUCUUUGACAACUCAGCAGUGUAUGAGGGGGAGUGGGCAGACGACCAACACAACGGCUGGGGAAGAAUGUACUACGAAAACGGAGACGUGUAUGAAGGAGAAUGGCUGAACCAUAAGAAUCACGGUCAAGGAAUCAUUAGAUUUUCCAAUGGAAACUGGUAUGAGGGCUCGUGGCGAGAUGGGAAGAGGAACGGUGAUGGAAAGUUCUAUUACUCUGACAAAGGCCUGCUUUAUGAAGGCUUUUGGGUGGACGGGAUAGCAAAAUGUGGGACACUUGUAGAUGUUGGAAGGGAAUCAGCGCCAUCACCACCUGAGUUCCCGUUUCCAGAGAUUAAACUGGUGGACAUGGAGUUGGUUUUACGGGACGCUAGAGCAGCUUGCCAAAGUCACUAUUGAAGAGCAGGAGGAAAAAUGGCAAGUUCCUACUUUAUCCAGUUGCCAAGAAGCCAAUAAAACGACGCCAUUCAUUGAUGAA